GACAAUUGACUUGCCUAUUUCCAAGUUCGUCGUCCAUUGGGGACCAGCUGAUUUGAGUUGACAAUAAAAUGUUCCGGUGCGAAAGAGCUGUUUGGGCUGUAAAAGUGAUAAAAUAUUGUGCAGUAUUUAUUAAAAACCUUUAAAUAUAACCGAAUUGAUUUCGGUGAUAUGGAUCAUGAAACUUGGACUGCUAAAUAUCAAUCUGAACCGACAGAUCUCCAAAGAAUUAAAAAUCGUUUAAACAAUGGAAUCCCAGAAAAAAAUGGAGAAGACGGGGAAUGUUCGAUGUCUGAUAAAGAUGAUAUAAAAGAUUUUGUUAAAAAUGAACCUUGCACAGAUGUAGGAACCGUUAACAUCACAAUUAGUGAGAAGGAAAAGCAAACAAUACAUUCAAUUUUGGAACAAAUUAAGCCCCUAUCUCAAGUCGAAAAAUUCCUUUUUUUCUUGAAGUUGCCGUCGGAGGUAACAAAUGCACUUGAUCCAUUUAGACAGCCCUUAAAUCCUCUUGGUAGUAGAUCAGAGAUAACAAGAACAAUAUCUUGGAUAAAAACACAUUUAGAAGAAGAUCCUGAUAUAUCAUUACCAAAGCAAGAAGUUUACAAUGAGUAUCAUAAUUAUUGUGCAAACAAUGGUAUCAAACCUUUAUCACAAGCUGAUUUUGGAAAAGUUAUGAAACAAGUUUAUCCUAAAGUUAGAGCCAGGAGACUGGGUACAAGAGGAAAUUCAAGAUAUUGUUAUUCUGGUUUAAGAAGAUAUGCAAAAUUAAAACCACCUCUUCUACCAGAUUUGACAGAUAAGCCAUUGUCCACAGAAAUUCCAUUCAGCCAAACAAGUAUAUCUUCUGCUGCAUGGUUAAUUGUUAAAGAAUGGUCAGAGAAGAAGUUGAAUCAACAUUUUUCCUCUAUACAAUCUUUAGCAUACCAUCUAAUUAUAAAUCACCUUGUCGGAACAACAUCUGAUGCUGCAUCCAAAAUUACUUCUGCCGGAAUAUAUCCGUUGAAAGAUGAUGGCAAUGCGAAAGAAUCAAAGCAUAGAGAAAUGCAACUUCAGCUUCAAAGAAAGAUCCAACAAAAGAACGAAGGGAGAGAUAGGAAGAAAAGAACGCAGUCACCGAAAUCGGAACAAAAACCUAGUAUAAAAAAAUCCCGUUCACAAAGCGUUCCCGCUCAAAAUGUUACUAACAAUUUUUCGCCGACAUCGACCAAUGGCGGUAUAAAUUUAGCAAGUGGAGAAUGCAGCACGACCAGCAGCAGUAGCAGCACGAGCCCAACUCAGGCUAAAAUUAUCUGUGAUAAAUCACUAGAUUUCACUCAGCUACCUGACUUUAACAGUUUCCAAAAGCCGGCAGUAGACGGCGGCGUUGUGGGCCCUACGGGACAGGAUUCACAGUUGGUGAUAACGACCAAUAAGGUUCGAAUAUCGAAACUUCAUCCAUCACCAAGCAAUCAGUCUUGUAAUGUUAUGUCCACAUCAAGUAGAAAGCAAAAGUACAAAUCGCUCCGGCCCAGACUGCAACCUUGUGAUAUUGCGUCGUACAACCCACAGCCGCAGCCAGAGGCGGAGGCUGAAAAUAGAUCUCAACAUAAUGUACAUGAUAUAGCUAGAAUUAAGGAAAGCAACAGUGAUGAAGAAUGUGAUUUUCCCCUCACCAGAGAAAGACUCAACAGCAUCAGCAACGUCUCCAAAGAUGCAAUGGACGAGUAUUUAGGUACAAAUAAUAGCCAGCAUGAAGAAGAAUUGUCCAAGUACUUCAGUAAUAAUAAUAAUAAUAAUAAUAUUACGGAAUCAAAUGAAUCAGAAGAUACAUCAAAAUUGUCCACCCUAAGACAGCUACUAGUUCAAAAUAUCGUAGAUACUAAACCUCCUAUAUUGGAAAACAGGGUAACAGAGCACAAAGCGGUCCCUUUUGCUAAUACUUGUUCAAUAAAUUUGCCAGUACAAAACAAUCUCUCUUAUAUCCAUUCGUUGACCCAGCAUGAACCCCCUAAUGCGCCAGUUAACGUAAAAAGAAGGGUUAGCUUUGAAACACCGGCGUCUGAGGAUUCCGUACCACCGAGUCCAAAUACUAGAAGAAAAAAUUUCAGUUUUACACCUAUAUCGCCAGGUCCACAAUCACCAAGCGGUAUACAUUCUAAAUGUUCGAGUACAUCAGCCAGUCCUUUUGUCAGUCCCAGAAAUACACCGAUAUUGAGAAACAAACCUGCGCAUCAAACUACAAGUAUUCUCAAAAGUGAAAACAGGAAAAGUUUAAGAAUUAAACGAGAAAUAGAUCUCACUUUAGAAAUUCCAAAUGAAAAUCAACAGAGUGUGAAUUUAUUGCCAAUGUCUGCUCCGGUUAGUCCAAUGUUGAACAAUAACAAAUCCGUUUUACAAAAAUUAUUAAAUUCCACAAGCAAAGUACCUUACAAUCCCAGUUACACCGCAGUAGCGAAUAUCAACGUCCAACCGGACAGUUCCUUAGAGGUAAAUCAAUUUUUAACAUCAAACGUCGAAUCAAACUUAGAAGGUUACAGAUCACGAUCUGUACCUCUACACAAUAUGAUAAAUCCUAUGGAUAAUGUAUACGCCAAUACAAAUAAUGAUUUUUCUGAAGUGGAUCCCAUUCCGGAUUCAGAAAGUGAUAACGUGAAGCGCAUUUUAAAUUCUCUGGAAGAUCCUCCCGUCGAUAUGGACAUUACAUCUAGUAACGGAAAUUUGAGAGAAUUCGGUUUCCAAUUGUACAGCAAUUCAAUAGAUUUCUCACAACAUGAAUUCGGGAAUCAGAGAUUGGCUCGGUCUCAAAGCAUUGGCGGUGAAGUUACUCUACCGCAAAUUAUCCCGUCUAGAUCAGUUCCAAAUACUCCAUUGCCAUUUAUUAAACCACAAAAAAUUAAUUACAACAAUUCCAGAUCUUACCCUUCAACACCAUUAAACAAUGAUGGAUCAUUCACUUAUAACAUAAACGGCGAUUGUCUGUUGAACGGGCAACCGAUUAGGAAUGAUGACGUUGCUGAAAGUUUGGAUUAUCUUCAAGAUUUUGAAAUAAAUAGAGACGGUACUACGGAACAACUCACACACGAAAAGGACUUUAAUAUAGCUAGUGAUUUCGAUAUUGUCGAAAAUGAAAGUCAGUUAAUCAAUACUGGAUUAAUCGAAGCUAAUUUUAUUGAUAAUAUCGAUUAAAAAUUAAAUAACCAGUCGCUGUGACAGUUGACAUCAGAACAAUGAUUGAUAAUUUAACAUUAAACUGUUGUGUAUAGUGUGACCCUUCUUUUUCACAUAUUGUACUGGUCAUCUAUUAUACUGUUUACUACCAUUACACACAAUUAUACUGUCUGAUCCUUCAAGCCAGAGAGAAACUAACGAUCUAUGGAAGGCUUGAAGGAUCAAACCAAUAAUAGGGAAUGUUGGAGUAGUGGUAGUGUGUUCAGUAGGGUGGGAUAAUUUUUUUUAAAAAUUGAGAUGAAAAAAUUCUCACCAAAUAUGAGCUCUUUUUUUCAUCCCAAUAGAACCAAAUUCCUACCUCAUUAUUGAUUGAUUAUACGGAAAAAUGUCCUUUAAGAAUUUUGUAGGAAAUUUAAUACUCUACAAAAAAAAAGUAUCUGAUAUUUUUUCCGUAAACCUCACAAUUUGAAUGAUAUUGAAGAUUUAAGUUUGAUUUUAUGAGACAUUUCAUUUUUUUUCCGUGAAUUUUAUAACAAUAAAAUACAAUAAAAAACUAUUAUAAAUUAUUAUUAUAAACAAUUUUUUUUAGGAAAUUACAAAUUUGAUGAUGAAUAUCUUUUGAACACUUAAUUUAAUAGCUAAAACAUAAGGUACCAUUUUUAUAAAGCAGUCAAUUUCCAACAAAAAUUUGUAUGGUACAUUUUAUAAUAGUUUUUUAUUGUCGAGUUAUAAAAUUCAUAAACAAAAAUUAAAUAUGUCUCAAAAUAAUCAAACUUAAAUCUACAAUAUCAUUCAAAUUGUGAAGUUUUCGAAAAAAUAUUAGAUACUUUUUUUGUAUAGCAUUAAAUUUCCCACAAAAUUCUUCAAUAACAUUUUUUUGCUCAAUCAAUUAAUGGUACCGAAUGAAUUUUUUUCUAUUGUACUGAGAAACAAAUUUUAAACAAUUCGAUGCAGAGGAUCUUCGUAUUAAAGUUAAAAGUUCACAAAUAUUUCCGGCGAUCUCAUUUUACAUUCUUUCCGGAUCUUGGCGUAUUACUACCAUUUAAUUCCAUUAUCGGAUUUUUAUGUUUAUUAUGCUUCAUUUUCUACCAAUCUUGCUUAUUUUAAAGAUGACAGAAACGUUAUUAGCUUCGUUCACGGUAGAUAAUUUGGACACAUUCCGAAUGUAUUCUGAAUAUUUUCCAGGCGUGUCAAAGGCACAUGCUUUGUUCAGAAUGUACUCUGAACAUACAUCCUUCUACAAACCAUUUAUGAACAUCUAAAAUUGUAAAUUGAAUUCAAAACUAUCUAGGAAACGUAUAUAAUUAACUGGCUAAAGGUUUAUUCUUGAUAUUUGUAAGUAUAAAGUGAACUGCCACGUUUUUGAAAUACAAUUACGUAGAAAACCACAUAGUUUAGAGGUUAUUUCGUGGUAAAUAUUACAAAAAGGAUGAAUGAACAUCCGAGGAUAACUUGGACGUAUUCAGAAUCCGUUCAGAAUUAGAAAUCUGUGCUUCACGAACACAGGACAUGUUUUCUUAAAACCGCGUAAGCACAAUUUCAAACUGCGGAUGAAUAUGGUGACAGAACAUGUUCAGGAUAUCUACCGCGAACAAAGCAAUUUUCUAAAGCCAAACCUACCAAAAAUCAUUUGAGAUAGACCAAAAUUUCUCUUGCCUUACCGACCUUUGUAAAUACAUUUUUAGAAAAAAAAAAAUGCUGCUCUCAGUUGAAGGGAUCUCACUAAAUACAAUAAAAAUAAGGGUUUUUCGAUUCAAAUGAAAUUGAAUGAGGAUAAGAUGCUUUGAUUAUCAAAACUGUCUAAUUAUUAUAUUUACGAAAAGUAGGGUUAAACAUAAAUUAUUUCAUGUUAAUUUAUUCUAAGAAUAAAUGUGCAUGGAAUAUUUCAAAAUACAUUAUGACUAACCAAAAUAAUUUAAAAAUUUAACAUUGUUCCUACAUGUCAUCUGAUAGAACAUAGGUCAGGUUGAUAAUUUUUCUGUGAAUUUUAGAUAAGAAAUAAUGCGAGGUAUUUUCAGUACUAAAAGUGCACAUUAAAAAAUGAUUAAAAUCAUUAUUUCUUAGCUUGAAUAAUGAAAUUUGUCCUCUUUUUGCAGUUUUAACAAUUAUAUGUCGUUUUUAAUGUUUUUUUUUACCUUAAACAAAAAACACAGAUUUUAAUAUAUAAUUUAGAAAUGAAUGUGAUUGUUAAAUUUUAAAGUAAAUUUUUUAAUGUAUUUUGUUAUAUUUGGACCAUGAUUACCAUGUAACAAUUAUUAAUUGUAUCCAAAUACCACCUCGGUCAUUUUUUUCUUUAUGAAAACUCGAGGUAUUGUUUGAUGCAAAUCAAGUAGAAUUUUUUCUAUUGACUUAUGCAAAAACUCUUCCUUAUAAUUUUUACGAUACUCACCUUGUUUGAAACUCAAUCUAUUUCUAGUUCUUAAAAGUAAGCAAAGUAUUCCACAUUAUUCCAUUAUAGUUCUCCGUCUCGCUAUAAUUUCAAUGUUUUAUAGUUGUAUGUCGGUCGUAUCCUCUACUAAACACAAGUACUGUGUCUCUUCUACAUUCAUCUGCAGUCACCAUUUCCAAUAUUCUUCGCUUAGUUUGCGUAUUGUAUUUUGUAUUUGAGCCAUCCCUAUCGUUUGCACAUAUUACCUGAUCAUCUUCAAACUAGAGGGUGUAUAAACAGGUGUCAUCGUCGACUUGGAUCCACAUUCCUUUGUGGUUCUUUUUCCAAGUUAAGUAGCCACUUAAUCCAGAAGAAGUACAUUAACUUUAAUUUUUGUUUGACUUAUUGGCUUUAUCGACUGAGAUAUAAAAGUGUUGAAUAGAAGUUUAUUUGUCGCCUAACUUAGAAGCGAAUGUAUCAAAUUGAUUGAGUGAAUCAACUUAAUAUUUUUACUUCAUUUAUGAUAGUUCAUAAAUUUUCGCAAUAUAAAUUUUUAUUUUUAAGAAUUUAGUUUUAGCGUUAUUCAAUCAUUUUAAUUUUUUAACGGUAAUUUGUUAACAAAAAAAAUCUUGCACUGAAUUUUAAAGCAAUUAUCAUUUACUUAAGAGACUUUGAAUUUUUUACAUGCCAUAUAUGAAACAUAUAUAAAAGGUGUAAGAAAUAAUAAAUUAAAGAAUAAAAGAUUAUUAUAACAUAUCAAAUUAAAACAUAUCUGAAAAAUGUUUUUUGCUUCGCAAUAUCUGGUCAAUUGUCAAUAUAUUUUUGUCAAUUAAUAUAUACGUGAAAAAGAUGGUUUGAAUAAAAUUUUGAUUAAAAUUUAAACCGUGUCACUAAAUUUAUCCAAUUAAUCGAUUAAGACUGCAAAAAAUGAGGUUUCAUGAAAAUAAAUUUUGAAUUUUAAUGUUUUUCUUUGUCUGUGACAAACAAUGGGUAGGUUUUGUGAAAUAUUUGAAUUUAAAUUAACAAAAAAAAUCUUUGACUGUGAUAACUUAUAAAUUGAAAAAUUAGAAACACUCAACUCCUGAUUUGAGUUGUGUUUUAUUUUUUUAUAACAAAGUUGAAAAUUUUUAAAGUUUUAGAAUAUAAGGUAAGUCUGACUUUGAGGUGUGAUUUCGUCGAUGAUUUGUUGGUUUCCGAUUUUGAGAUAUAAAAUUGUUAAAAUUUUUAUUAUUUUCUUAUGUUAUGUUCAACAUUUUCAAAUUUUGUAUAUAUUUUAAAACCUGCAAAUUGUUUUUAUUUCACAAAAGAUGAUUGCAUUUAAUUUGUUAAUGGAGUUUACUACAUAGCAAUUAAACAAAAAUACUUCUAUAUUUAAAAAUCGGUCAUUUGAAAAUUAUUGAUUGAUUAAAUUUUUAGCAAGAUCUCUAUUUUCAUGUCAAUUAUUUGAUGAAUUUUAGAUAUGAACUCAAACCUCUAAUUAUAGGAAACAGCUGGAUCGGUUUGGAAAUAACAAAUACAUAACGAAAAAAAUGAUAAGAAAACUUCGUUAAAAAACGAAAGGGUAGAUUAAGAAAAAAUCAAAAAACAAGAAGAAAAAACUUGAGGAAAAGACUGUAAACGGGUACAUGUGGAAUCGAAUUCCUCAUUUGAUAUUUGCAAAGGUAAAAGGAAAAGAGGAUUAAGGAUUUAGAAUUCAUUUUCAAUUAAAAUCCUUUGGAUACUGGUUGCAGGUCGAGAUUGCAUAUCACAUCACAUAAAAUAUAUUUCAUAUCUACUUUUAUUUAUUCGAGCAGUAGUAAUUACAGCAAUUCUUCUUCUGUUAUCUUUACCAGUUCUUGCAGGUGCAAUUACCAUACUAUUGAAAGAUCCAAGUUUAAACCAACAUUGAUUUUGGUUUUUUUGGACACCCUGAGGUAUAUAUUUUAAUUCUUCCAGGAUUUGGAUCAAUCGCCAAUAUUGUUAGACAAGAAAAUAGAGAAAAAAAGGCUUUUUGUCUUUCAGGAUAUAUUGUUUGAGCUCAAUAUAUAUUUUCUUUUGCAAUAGAUGUAGAUACUGGAGCUUAUUUUACAUCAGCUACAAUAAUUAUCGCAGUGCCUACUAAAAUUAAAGUUUUUAUAUGACUAGCAACAUUUCAUUGAUCAAGAAUUAAUUAUGGCACAGCAACAUUAUGAGCUUUAGGAUUUAUUUUUCUUUUGACAGUUGAUGGAUUGCCAGGAGUUGUGUUAUCUAAUUCAUCAAUUGAUAUUGUUCUUCAUGAUACUACAUAUCUAAAUGUACCUUACAUUAUUUAAUUGCUAAGUUAAAACUUCAAACUCCAUUAUCAAAUAUUUAUAGAUAUAUGUAAAUAGUUGAUCCUCGUCCCGUUGUAAAAUUUUAAAACAGAAAUGUUUAGGUGGUUAUAUUAACCACCGCCUAAUAACCUGUGCCUAGCUUUUACAGCCUAACUAUAGACUUUUUUUAAUAUUUAAGAUUUUUGUUCUUAAAAUGACCUUUAGUUUAAAAGCAAAGUUUGUUUUUUGAAGAAAAAAAAAACAUUUUCUCUUCAAAUAUCAGUAAAAUGUUACAUUUGUAUGUCAUUUGUCAAUCAAAAAAAAUUUAUGUCGCCGUGUCGUUAUUAUCAUUGUCAGUAAAAGUAUGAUUUUUACUCGAAAAAAUAUAGUAUAUGAAGGGAUUUUUUAGUUCUUUAGGGUUUUCAUCUUCGUAAAACGCCAGAUACAUGAAAAACGCUUCCUUGAUAUAGAAUUUAAACAAUUAGUCCGGUCAAUUUACAUAAAUUCCCACCAAGCUGAAAAUCAGUAAAAUUGUUUAAAAUAUGAUUAAAAACAAAAUGUAAAAUUUCCCCAUCAUUCCCAUUUAUGGAAAAAAUUUUAUUUAAAGCCGAAAGAAUGUUUUUUUCGCGAUUAUCAGUAAAACUCAAGUUUUCUCAUAAAAAUACGUCAGACAAAAAUUGUAGAUCUUAAAAUUAUCUGCAAAAAACGUAUCAAUACUUUUUUCUCUACGAGCCACUGUUUCUGAGAAUAAUUCAAAAAGUUGUAAUCGUCAUAAUAUGCACACGUUUCUACGCCACCUAAGAGGUAGUUACUUAGCACGCUUUUUUCAACGUGGUUUCCCCAGUAGGCUUAUUCCAAGGGUCUGUUGUGAUAAUGUUUAAUUUGAAACUAUUGCAAAAUAAUGGAAGUUGCAGAUAUAGAAAAGAUAAAAGAUUCAAAUUGAAAAAAAAAUAUGAAAUUUAAUCAUCCGAGUCGUAACUUUCAAAUUCUUCUUCUUGUUAUUCAUCUUCAUUCUGAGUGCAUGUAAGCUGCUAGGGCCGAACCUAUCUGCCGCCAGGGUGCAAGAACAAAAUAUGCCGCCCAAUUAGCUUACCUAGUCGAAAUUUGAUUAGUGACGCGAGAUAUGAGGUAAAUUUCUGUCGUAACGGCAAGCGGCUUACUCUUUAUUAUUGCCUAUUUAUUCUCUUUUUUAUGCCGCCCGAACGCUCAACGCACUAUUUUGGCAUUGUUGCAAUAAUAAGAAAACAAUAUUUCGGAGAAAUGCCGCUAUCAAAGAAAGGCACUUUGCGCUUUGCGACUAAAUAUUUUGUGCAUGAUGGGGCUCUGUUAUUUUGCUUUUUGCCGCCCCUUGUGUUACACUUUUCGCCAAGUUAAUAGAGGUUAACCGAAUAAGCAACAAACUUCACUAGCUUACGUCUAACUCCGUCUCCCUCAACUUUUGAUUGAUUUGAACCGUUCGAGUCAAAGGAGUUGAAGUGAGACAAAGUUCGAACACGAGGGGUGUAACUUCACUACUCGACUCACUUCAGUUUGCAGCGAGACGUCGUUUUUAGUGGAUAUAUCGUGUGCAGUCAGCUCAGCAUGGUGUAUAUGCGUUAAUACUAGGGGUUCACUAGUCAUGCGGGUCGCAUUUUUUUCACCUGUGACGCGAGCGCCAUCUAACGGUUAGAUACGACAACUGGGCGUCGGCCAUAUUGUUGAUGCGCUUUUCGAAAGAAAAAAAACACUAUUGUUGUAUUUUGUUUAAUCGAAGAUAUAGGGACACACAUAAAAUGAUCUAGGAAAAUUGAAAGCAAUGAAAGUGAGAAGAAAAGUUAUUCGGACAUUACGAUAAAAUGUGCUAGAGUUAAAACCCGAUUCCACAAGAACAAGAGGAAAUAAGAACAACACUAUGGUGCCAAGUGAAAUACAAACCUUACCAAGCACUAUCGCACUUUCCCUUGGCAGCACUCUCACAAGAGGAGGAAAUACAAGGUUAGAGAUGAGGAAAUUAUGAGCUUCUAUACUAUUGCAAUUCUUUAUAGCUCUUUUAGUCGUAAAGUUCAUGCGUAAAACUAGAUCUAAUUCGGUCACGCGUGGCCACUGGUCCUCAUCUUUCUCCAUAUCUUCGUACCGCAGCUCAAACGGGUCACAACCACACUCCUGAACUUUCUUCUGAUAGCGCUCACGGCCAUGAUGACUUAAUUUCUCACUAUAUCCUUUCAAAAAAGCCAUACUUCAUCAAAAAAUAAUCACUAGCAAUGCUCCGGUAUGUCCUCUUUCCUCGAAACCUAUCAACAACAUGGCCUACUCCACUUGAGCAUCUAUGUUGCCAAGAGCGCGGACUCCGAGAUACCGAGUUUUAACGCAAGGUUGCGGGAGUGCGUGGACAUAAGUUUCGAACUUCAAUUAUUUUCGUCGAAGCUAGUAGUAUGACAGACCUUGAAUAAUUUUACACAUUCUAAUAUUUAUUUAUGUAUGUGUUUUCUCUUUAUCACAUUCAUUUGUGUGUCUACUUCUUUUUAGUUAUAUCCAAUUAUUAUAUUUUCUCUUCUUGGACUUAUAAUUCGUAGUAGGAUUGUAAUUGAAAUUACUAAAAGCCGAUCAGGCACUUUUGCUUAAAAUUUUUGACAUCAGUAGGCAAACUUUGAAGCUUGUCGAAGUGUAAUUGCUGAAGUUUGAAGUUUCUUCCUCCUCUAAGAGGUAUGUGACGCCCAUAAUGUGAAGAUAGCGUUUUAGAUAACUGUCCGGUUAAAAGGCCCGUCACGAAUUUCACUUUGUCUAAGUGAACUAGAUGUUUGGUAAAAGAGACGGAUGACCUUUCUACGUGUGCUAACUUGUCUUAUGCUAGGUGCUUCUAUCCAUCUCUACUUAUCUUGUGAAAAAACUAUUGAGACACUUUUGGCUACACCAUGGGUUUUGGGCCUAUUGGUGGAUUUACUGAAUAUAAUCUGGCGAGAGAUUUCGCUUUGUUGUUGGCGUUAUUGCCCGAGUGAUCGGGCCCCCAAACGGCCUGCUUUUACAGCCAUCUCUUACUAGUUCUUAUAGGACUGCCUUACAUUCCAGCAUCUAUUUUCUAUAUCUUUAGUUUGCAAUAAAUUUCAUACUGUUACUCAAAAAAGGCAGCAGUUCUUUAAUUUUUUUCUUCUAUGAUACUUUCCUGACUUGAAUAAUCAACUAAGUUGGUAUUUUUGGAAACGUUGGUGAUACUCAUACUGAAUACCCUGUUUACACCACCACUACACCAAACUUAACCAGUUCACCGUCAGUCUCUGAAGACGAUAACUUGGUUAUCGAAACGCGCGUCAGACAGUGGAAUUGUCUAAUUUUCUAGUAUAUCGCUUUUUUUUCUUAAUAUUGAUUUUCUUUUUGUAAAAUUCUGCAUUCGGGAUAAAAUUGUUUCAUAUCAAUCGGAGACAUAGUUCUGAUGUACCUGAGUUUGCAUUUUUUCAAUAUUUUAUAUUGUAUGUUUAUUUUAGUUCCAGUUUUAGCUCAAGAGCUAUGUUUAUCAUAAUUGCAAGAAGCCGAUCACUUAACUGUGAUUCUAAUUAGUCCUCUACUAAUAUUCAAAUACAAAAAUUGUUUUAAUUAGCGGUUAAAAAUUCGUUGAUUGAUCUUUUGUGGACUAUGUGAAAUAUUUAAAUGAGCAAUUUCAGUUUAUUCUCAAAUAGUAUAGACUUGAUAAACGUAUUAGUGUAACUAGAAGUUUAUGUAAAUAUCUAACAACUUUUCAGAAUUGACAAUGGUUGACAUUACUUUGUAAACAUUGAGUAAACCGAAGGACAUUUUAAGAAAAAAUGCUAAAUUCUUUAAAUUGAUACAAUUUUAGCUUUAAAAAAAACAUUUUUAGUAGAGAGGUGUAGGAAGGUGAAUAUUAAGUUGAAAAGAACAUCUAGAUAUUAUUUUUUGUAAACAAUUCAUGUUCCGAUAAACUGUUCCAUCACGAAAUUCGAUGUACGUUUGGUGACAAGUACAAAAUCCAUAAAUUCGAUAUGAAAGGCUUGUAUAAGCUAUUGAAGAUCAAAAGUAACACUAAAGGAAAAUUAUUAAGUAGCCAAAUUUUUGAAACUAAAAUUUGAGAAAUAUAACUCUUUGUGUCGUCAGAUAUAGGAAAUUGAUAAAACAGAAAAUUCCUUCUUGGUAAUCCUGCGAUAUGGUGGUCUGUGCAUAAGUGUGUAAGAAAAACAGACAUAUUGUAAGUAAUUGUCGAAUUUGUACAAGAAAACCACCUACUUCACUUCAGUAGUUCAUACAGUCUUCAAAUGUCUUUUAAUAAAAUGAAUAAUGAAAUUAUAGUCAAAAACGUCGGGUGAUAAUCCACGUCCCACGGUUCAAAAUACAAUUAAUAACUAACUAAAAAAAGGUUAAGUUUAAUGUUGAGUAUGUAAGGGUAUGUGGAGGGAACGUGUGUAGUCUUGACAGCAUGAGAGUCGAUUGUAGACCUGGAGGAACAGGGUCAGAUGAGCCGUGGAAAUACCCAAUAAGUUAUAAAUGGGCGAAGAAUUUUUUGGUUGAUGAUGAAGUAAAAAAUGAAGAUAUCUGAAUGACUGGGUCAAUGAGGAUUUUAAUCCGACCUAACUCGUUUCAGCAUUUUCCAACCGUUUGUCCAAAAAAAAAACCCACCACUGCAAAUUCUAACCCCUAUAUAUGUUAAUUUAUAUUUCUACAAUUUAAAGUGUGAAAAUUUAUUGGAUGAAAGAAACAGAAAGAAAAAUGAUUAUUAAAAAAAAUUUUUUCGGUUCUAUAUUAGGACUGAAAUUAGGAUUACAUAUGAGGGUGUCAGAGUAUCUGGAAAAGACGUACACACAAAGAUGAUAUACAAAAAGCCUAAAAUAAGAGCAAGGUGGUUAGGAGACAUUGAGAGAUUGCCACAGCAUAUUUUAAAUUGUAAAAAUAUAAAUUAACAUAUGUAGGGGUUUGUAUUUGUAGUAGUUUUUUGUUUGGCAAAACGGUUGAGCAAUAGGGAAAUGAGGUUGUUCGGAUUAAAAUCCUCAAUGACCCAGUCAAUCAGAUAGCUUCAUAUUUUACAUUAUCACCAACCAAUCAAUUCUUUGCCUCUUUAUAACUUACUAGGUAUAUCCACGCCUUAUCUGACCCUGUUCCUCCUGUUCUACAGAAGUGCAAUUUUCCUCUUUCGAUUCUCCUAGAGAAUUGUAAGAACGGUGCCGGAGAAAUGGAGAGGGUAAAAGAAGAAGAGGGCGCCUAAAGAAAAAAUGGCUACAAGAAGUCAAGCGUGGAGCGUAGAGAGAAGGAGAAUAAUCUGUGUGUAUGAAAAAUGUCCAUCGAAAUGCGUUAAAUAAAGGUAGCGCCAAAUAUAUACAACGCAAGUUGUUGAAAUUCUUAAUAAUGAAAUAUGUGAGAAACAAUUUUUAUAAUUAUAACAAAAUAGGAGCAUUCAUAUACUAUUUUUUUAAUCAGGUUUAAGAAAAACUAUUCUUUCGAAUUUGAUAUUAUUUAUAUAAGUCCUAUGGCACAAAAGUCAACAACUAUACAUACAACAAAAAUGUUAUGUUAUGUUUCCGGGUGCUUUGUUUAUUCUAAUCAUGUAUUUGUCAUGGUAUAUAUACUUGCCUAAUACUUAUCCUGGGAAUAGGAAAUUUGAGAAUGAUUCGAGCGUCGCUGGCUUUGAAGUGAGGUUUUGUACAACGUCAAAUCCUAAGAUUGUCAUCUAAAAGACAUAAGAGCUUGGAUAACCAGUUUCCGCGUGCUCCGGAAUUAAACCUAACAUAGUAUUUGCCUCUCCUCUACUUAACUGCAGUGUUUUGGUCACCCAGUUUGAGGGGUUUGACUUAUGAAAGUCUCAGCCUGUCCAUUUGUUUUUAUCCCUUUCCCACAGGUUAAGGUGUUCCUUAAUUCGUAAGUAAAGGAUUCCCACUGUAGAUUCGUUGAUCUUCAAGAUUUUCCUAGUCGUCAGGAAUUUGAUUUCCUCUAAGUCCCCUAUGUUUAAAAAUCCCGAGCAGCUGUACUGCCUAUUCACAAUCAAAGUUUGGUUAUCACGUCAUAGAAGAAUUACAUCCAUGAUUGUUUGAAGGCAUUGAUCUCCAAGAAAAUGAGUAUCGCUGAUAUGAAUCACACCUAGGAUAUUCUAUACUUUCCUUCAGACACUAAAUGUGAUUUUAUUCAACAGUUUUUUGUAAUGGAGCGCCCUUUGAAGAUGACGUUGCUAUGUAUAUCAAAACCCUACUUACAAUCUUCUCUUCUGGUAUAUUAUAUGAGCCUGCAGUUAUCAAUUUUUCCUAAAGGUAGUGAAUUAACAAAACUUAUUAUGUGCAAUUUUAUUUAUUUGUGGAAAUAAUUAUUUCCUUCUUCAACUAAGCUUUUAAGAUACUAGAGACCUAGAAAGCCAAGGAACAAACUGGAUAAUCUAUCCAAUAUAUCCAAAACAUUGAAGUAUUCACAAUGUGAGAUGUUUCAUUUUUCUACUGGAACCAAACUCGUUUUAAGGGAUUUGUCAUCUUAGUUCUGGUUUCAAAAACAUUGCAAGCAUACGAAUAUAUCGAGCUGAAUUAACAGUAACUGUGACCAUGUUCUUCAUCGCUCAUCAAUAAAAUUACAUUAUAAUUUGAUAUCAAAAUCUGGAAAAAAAUCUUCGCCUCAAGUUUAUGGAUAAUGAACAUUUCAUUUUUUUACUUCAAGUUCUUAGCUCGCCAACAUAACGUCUAAUUACCCAUCCUAGGCUUCAGAAUAUCGCUUUUCUUACCGUUUCAACAUUUUCUUGAGUCUUGCGUCUCGAACCAGGAUGUUUCUUAUUCAUUAUGUUUCCAGUCUAUAUGGAGUUAUUCAUCCACCCGAGGAUUGUGAUACGGCUCCAUGUCGACCGACAUUAAACCGAGCAGGAACCAAUCGCUGUGCAGCUGUAUUAUACUCACCAUAUCUUAGGAAAAUGUUAUAGAAACACAAUUGACGUUGCAACUCUCAUUUCAUUAAGUGAAUGAAGUGGAGUCUUGUGUAAAGGCCGCCAUCCCACUUUCUGAACUACGCAGCUCAAAAGGCUCUCUAUAAACCAACAUUUACCAUAGAGAUGUCGGAAAUAAAAAAAAAUAUCGAUGUAUCCAAGAUUGACUUACCACCAGCAUUUUUAAACUCUGAGAAUGCACGGUAAUGAUUGUUUUGUGAAUGUGCUGCGAAAAUUGUUGUAAUGCCACCAGUUUUAUAAUUUCUACCACAAAAAUUACAAGCAACAUUAUCUUUAUCUUAUCUUUUUAAAAAAUCCACACAGCACUACUGCUGGACGACGACAUGAUUCUCGUCGUGAAACAUAAACAUCGAAUUAGAAAAAAGUAAACAAGCCACAAGCCUGAGGUUAAUAAAGUAUCGAGAUCACUCGAAAAAUGACAGAAGACAUUCAUAGACAAUACAAUUAUUAUUAUUUUUUCGUUCUUUCCUAUCUUUUACGGUUUUGGAUUCCAUCGACGACAGUUCCAUAAUAAUAAAUACAAUUUUCGAUACUGGAAAUUUCGUAUCAAUAUUUCAUUAUAUAUCGAUACUUUUUCAGUUAGCCUAAUUUACCAUCGUAUACUUUUUGCGAAAACUACAAAAGUAUUUCGAAAAAAACCGUGCCCAAUAGUUGAUUAAACAUUUAACCAAAUUUAUUCUAUGUUGAACGUUUGUGACGGAUUCUUUUGAAAUAUCCUUAAAAUGCUGACAAUAUCAUCUUCAAAGUGCGCUAUCUGGGACUAUAGUUUACGAGAUACCCUAUAUAAAUAAUAUCGUCAAAUUCCGAUCUGAAUUUCUGAAUUUGAUAGAAAUGGGAUUAAGAAAGGUGAAAGUAUAUCGAUUAAUAUUUGUAAUACAUGAAAGGAACUUGAAGACUAAUUUAAUUACAAAAUAAUUUCUAAGAUGAUCUGCUACAAUGCAAUUAUAUAGAAAAGAUUUGAAUUUUUUGGCAGCUGUGCUUUUAUAAACUAAUUUUUAUUUCAACACAUACAUCACUCAACUUUCCUGCGUUUCUUUCUACUCUCUUCAACAUACUUUUAUUGAUCUCUUUUUUUUUGUAACAAAUAUUUUUGGCCAGUUGUUUAUAAAUAAAUGGAAACAUAUUUCCUCAUUGUUUUUACUGAAGAAAUUAUUGUAAACUGCCAUGAAAUUUUUUAUGCUUUUAUGACAUUAUUAGACCAAACUAAGAGGUGAUAAAUACUUUAAAAGAACUGAUAUUGCACCAACUUCAUAUUUUUUAAAAAUAUAUCUUUUAGAGAAUUCAUCAACUACUAAUGAAAGAAGGGAAAAUAUGGUUGAGGCUGAUAAUUGAAAUUAAAUUUUAAGGGAGAUUAUUUCUAAAUUGAUUGAAGAACUAAGCGGUUGGUAUCUAUAUUUGAAUCUAGCUCCUGUUUAUUGUUGUUAGGUCAAGCGACGGGUACUUUUUUUUGCAGUUCUAGGAAACGGAGUUUUUGAUUAUUUUUAGGGGUGUCCCCUGAAUGUGAAUCCAAGUGGGCGCCCGCGUCAGCCGCCCUCUUGAAAAUCGAUUAGGUUUUCAAUUAAAGUAAGUGCUCCAUACAAUAUUUGAUUUAUCAUGAACCGUUAACUGUAUAUUUAGUAAAAACCAUAUUGUAAAAAGUUGAGAAUCGCCUCUAAAAACCUAUUCAGUUAUACAAAAAAAAUUUCAAAUAAAAAAGAUCAUAAAAAUUAUUAUCUAUAAAAUAUCGCAUUUUUCAAGACUUUUUUGCUCUGGCGCUUGGCCUAUUUGAAAAUUCAAUUCAAAUAUGUACGAAAACAUAACCAAAGUAUUUAGUUUCUUUCUACUUAUACGUGAUAGUAAUAUUUUUAACACUACCACACUACUAGGCUGUAUAUACAAUAAAAACAUAAUCAACGAGAUCAAAAAGACACUUUGUUUAUUAGGUAAAUACCAUCUUUCCUCCUUUUUCAAAUAUUCAAGUUUUUUGUUGAUCAAGGUUUUCUAUUGUUUGUUAUACAUCAUAUCGUUUUUAAACGUCUGUGAUCCAAGCAAAACAAACUCCGUUUAUAGUUGAAUUCCUAAUUUUUGUGUGUGAAUCAGAUUAUAUUCCAGAAUAGACUCUCUCUUGCAGACCCAUGAUUAUAAAUAUAAAACAAACAAAAAUGAAUAUAUUCAGGUUAAAAUAUUUUCGGUAAAUUAAGCGGAUAUGAAAUAAUUUUCUCAUUAUUCUGUUAUAAUUAUUUGUUUGUUUGUUUUUCAAAUUCUUUCAAGCGUUAGCUUAUUGGCGUUUUUAGUUUCCAAUCUUCGCUACUUCAUUCAUUUGUUGUUCCCCUUUCUUCUUAUUUCCUGUACUACUUGUUCUAACCAAGUUUACCUGGGUCUUACUACCUUCUUUUCUUAUGCUUUCUUAUUAGACUUUAUGGGGUUCUUCUCUUUAUGUAUAAUUAUCAAUAUAAACAUUUUACAACUAUUUUGUUUCCUAUUGGUUCCUCUUUAAGCUUUUCUAUAAUCGUUCAUUGUUCUCCAUAUUACACUUAAAAUUGAUAUUAAGAGUUCAAACUUGGUGAAUUUUAGGAAUUAAACACCCGAGUAAAUAGUGUGUUCACAGUGCCGGAUUAAGCCAGGGGCUUGGGGGGGCUAUAGCUCCGGGCCCCAUGUCCAAGAGGGCCCCAUCAUUUGGAAAUCAUUCUGUAUUUUUUGAUGUGUUGAUACCACAAAUCUAACGUAUUGAUAUUAUUUUGUGAAUUUUUGCGGGUUUCCGAAUUCCUUAAGGGGGCCCCGUCAUUACUUCAACCCCGGGCCUUAUAAAUCUUAAUCCGGCCCUGUGUGUUCAGCAUAACAAUUUAUAACUAAUAAGCUGCCAGAUUACCAUUUUCUGAAAAUCUACUUAUAUUUUGAUAAUUACGUUCAUCAUCUGGUACCGCUACAAAAAACUCAUUCAGCGUCUAAUUUUCUUCCUAUCUAUAUAUGUUUACAUUUAUUUACUAUAAAAAAAAAUAUCUCGAAGUAUUUUUAUUGUACCUACAUCUGGCCCAAAUGUUUGCAAAUGAUGGAUGUGUUGCUAAAUACAUUUCGUUCUGCUAAUUUCCUUAGUGUUAAUGUUAAUAUAUAUAAAAAUGAAUGUCAAAAGUCUGAAUUUGUAAUUCGUAAGCUCAUUUUGUAAUGUUGAAAGUUUGGAAGAAAAAUGGAAAGAUAUUUUUGCGACACAUUGUUAAACUUGAAGAGCUGUUAUUUUAUGAAGUACAAAUUUAUUUAAAAAAGGUGAAUUGAAAUGUUAGAGGAUUAGUCUAGAUGUUUUGGUGUAAACUAUUUGUAUCCAUACAAGAAAAUAUAUUGGUAUAACUUGUUUAAAA